CUUUUAAAACAAACCCUUCUCGAUCACUGUCCUCGUCUUCCUCCCUUCCUCCUCCAUCCUUCCUCCUCCAUGGCCGAUUCUUCUUCCUCUUCAUCUGCCUCCUACAUUCUCAUGGUGCAACACUUGAUCGAGAAGUGCCUGCUCUUCCACCUGAACAAGGACGAGUGCGUCGACGCCCUAUCCCACCACGCCCACGUCAACCCCGUCAUUACUUCCACAGUGUGGAGUGAGCUGGAGAAGGAGAACAAGGAGUUCUUCGAGGCGUACGGGAAGAACCGAGAGAAGAGCGUGAGCGAGAUGAGAAGGAGGCAGAUGAUCCGAACCAUGCUGACGUCGGCAAUGCCUCCCUGGGCAAAAGUUUAGCAGUAACAAUUGAAGCCAGUGUUGUGGUGGUUGCCAAAAGGGCCGCGAGCAGGCCGCGCGGUUCGGUUCGAAUCGAGUAUCGCGUAUUGAUUCGAAUGGACCUGAGUAGCAUGAGCUCUCCUA